UAGAGUUUGGCUUCUAACUCGGCCAGAGCUGGCUAGUGGGGUGGGAUCUAGCCACCGGGUGUGAGAGCCCGAAUCCGGUGACUGCUGCUCAGGAGGGGAAGGGAAGAGAAGGCAGGGCCUGGCGGCGGCGCGUCUUCUCUCACGCGCGGAUUCCGGGGCUGGGGGAGGUUUUGAAGCUGGUGACGUAGCCUGGCAAGUUUGGGAAGGGAGGAGCGGCCCGAGCCAGACCUAGACUUCGGGAAAGAAUUCUUCAGUCUCUUCUGAGGGUUGGGGGAAGAUCUCGGAAGGGAGAGAAAGAGGCACUCCCUGGGAAAGAGAAAUAUUGAGAUCAAGACAGCUUUGGUGGGAGAUUGUUCUCGUCGCCUGGAGAGAACUUUCAGGGCUUAGGGCUGGUUGAAACACUGCAGAGGCUGUUUGCAGCUAGCGAGGCUUAGCGGAGUCGGGGGAGGAGGGACAUUGCUUUUCCGAUGUGCUGAAAGGGAGGGAGCCAGUCCCAGACCACUGUCCUCCGGGGGAGGGGGGCGGGGAGCGCCAAUGCCCGAGCUCCCGCCGCAGAAAGUGGAAGAGAAGAAGGUGGAAGCGUAGUAGCCCCUGCCAACCCGGAACUGUCCCUCCAGAAGCACCGACCUGUAACUAGAGGAGCCGGGGGCUUCUCCUCCCAGUCCGGCGCUGGGGCCGAGAGCGGAGCGGUCCCGCCAGGAGGAUGAACGGCGACAGUGCGGACAGCCUAGCCAUCUCCAGCUCAUUGCCCACCAUUCCUUAUCACAAGCUCGCCGAUCUGCGCUUUCUGAGCCGGGGGGCAUCAGGUACAGUGUCCUCGGCACGCCACGCUGACUGGCGCAUCCAGGUGGCAGUGAAGCACCUGCAUUUCCAGACCCCGCUGCAGGAAAGUGACAUAAGUGAUAUUUUAAGAGAAGCCAAGAUUUUACACAAAGCAAGAUUUAGUUAUAUCCUUCCAAUUUUGGGAAUUUGCUAUGAGCCUGAAUUCUUGGGAAUAGUCACUGAAUAUAUGAACAGUGGAUCACUAAAUCAACUCCUGCACAGGAUUGCAGAUUUUGGUUUAUCGAAAUGGCGGCAGAUGUCUUUGUCUCAGUCAAGGAGUAGCUCAUCUAACCCCGAGGGUGGGACUAUCAUCUACAUGCCUCCUGAAAACUAUGACCUCAGCCAGAAGUCCCGAGCCAGCAUCAAACAUGAUAUAUACAGCUUUGCAAUUAUCACAUGGGAGGUGUUGUCCAGAAAACAGCCCUUUGAAGAAGUUAUCAACCCCUUGCAGAUUAUGUAUAGUGUGUCAAAGGGAAAUCGGCCUGACACCAAUGAAGAGAAUUUACCACUUGACAUUCCACAUCGAACUCAAAUGAUCUCCCUCAUUGAAAGUGGAUGGGCACAAAAUCCAGAUGAAAGGCCAUCUUUUUUAAAAUGUUUAAUAGAACUUGAACCAAUUGUGAGAACCUUUGAAGACAUUACUAUUCUUGAAGCGGUCCUUCAAUUGAAGAAAACUAAGGUAAAUAGCAUUGGUUAUUUAUUAUACCUGUGUUCCAAGAAAACGAUGGAGUAUCCUCUCAACAUACCUGUAAAUAAUGGGCCACAGGAGGAAUCAUGUAGAACUCCGUUGACUUUACAUAGUGAUCCUGGAAUAGCAAGGUCCAUAUCAACCCCUCAAGACAACUUCUUUUCUUCUGGACAAAAUCAAGAGCAUUCAACCCUUCCUCAUUUUCCAGCAAGUCACAGCUGGAAUGAUAAUAUUUCUUCAGUCCAAAGGGAUAAGUUUUGCAACCACAAGGCAACUUGUUCUUCAAUACAUCCACUCACACUUGAAGGAAACUCAGAGAGUCAGGGAAAUGAUGUUGCCCAGCAGUGGAUCCAAAGCAAAAGGGAAGAUAUUGUUCAUCAGAUGACUGAAGCUUGCCUCAACCAAUGCCUGGAUGCCCUUCUGUCUAAGGAUUUGCUUAUGAAGGAAGACUAUGAACUUAUUAGCACCAAACCUACAAGGACAUCAAAAGUCAGACAAAUGUUGGAUACCUCUGACAUUCAAGGAGAAGAGUUUGCCAAAAUUAUAGUACAGAAAUUAAAAGAUAACAGACAAUUGGGUCUUCAGCCUUACCCAGAAGUAUCUAUAAUUUCUAGAACACCAUCUUUAAAUUUAUUCCAAAACAAAAGCUUUUAAGUAUUGGCUUACUAGGAGGGAAAAUUAAUUUAUGAAAGGACUUUUUUUUUCCUCUCUUAUGCUUCAGUGACAACUUGAAUUACAAACAAUAUCAUGAGUGAGAUGCAACACCAAGAUCUUUUUUAAAGUAAAUAUUAAUUAUUUCUGGUUUCAACCCAUAGGACAUUGAAGUAUUUUUUAUGAAUAUAAGUGGAAAACUUUCAAUGUAGUAAAUAACUUAAUAUGUCAUAUUUUGUAAAUUGAUAUUGUUUUAAGGAUAGAGUCAUUAUACUUGUAGUUAUACUUGUUUAUGAAAAAUGUUGUAUGAUAUUGUUUUUUCUGAUAUAAGUCAUUUCUACAAUUGCCAGCUUUGUAAAGUAUUUAUUAAUUGCCUAAAGAGCAUUAAGGUUUCAAAAAGCAUCUAUGUUUAUCAAAAGCAAUAACAGUAAUAAAAGCUAACACCUAUGUAGCACUUGCUAUGUGCCAGCCACUGAGCUAAGUGCUGUAAUUAUCUCAUUUUAUUCCCACAACAGCCCUAGGAGAUGGGUGCUGUUUUAGUGGCAUUUUACAGUUGAAGAAAUGGAAACUAAUAAAGGAUAAGUG